CAUAAUUGUCUCUUGCAAUCCUAAAUUAAAUGGCUUUAAUGUAGACCAAUCAACAUGACUAAUCUGGGAGCUCCAAACUUUCAUCAGGGAAUUGACUCAGCUAGGAUGAUAGACUCGAGGCACACACACACACACACACACACACACACAACGUAAAAGCUACCUAUUACAUAUUAAUUGAUGUUUACACAGAACCUGCACUCUUUCAGCCUCGCUUUCUCUCUCUCGGGACACAGUAUGUGCACUGCACAACAGGCUUCACAUUUCAAGAAGCCUAUGCUGUAUGUCUGAGGGAUCCACGAUACCUAAACUGAGACAAACACACACACAAGCACAGAGAGCGUAAAAUGGGUCAUAGCGCUUGCAUCCCUGCGCAUUGGUGACUUUUUUCUCCCGAGGAUGUACACCGAGGAAUAGCUGACCAAAAACAAACAAACUAACGGAUGUGGCACGAUUUGAGUUUGGUGGGGAAUUCAAACAGUCGCCAAACAGCUGAACCAGACUGUCUGGCAAAGCUGAUGAAAUGUCCAAAUGACCAACUCUGGUCGUUAAGCCACAGCUCUGUGCGCUAUCGCUCACCCUCGCUCAUUCCAUGCCAGUCUUAAGCUCUUGCUUAUUAACAACCACUUUCUGUCAGUCCAUCGAGCGUGCGAGAAAUCGGCUUAUCGUUUUGCCUCUGUGUGCCUCUGUGCCGGAGAGGAGAGAGAUGUGCGCGCAGGGGCUGUGGAUGUGAGAGGUUUGAUGGUUAGUGAAUCCACGCGGCGCAGAUCAUACGGGCUGAGGCAGAUGCUGAGGGGCAGUUUGUUCCCGGGCUCGUAUUUUUUGUUUAUUUUAUUUUGAUUUGAAAAAAGUGACAUCUGAUCAUCAUGACGCGCUUCAUGUGAACGUCUUAUGAUCAUGGAGAAAUGGAAUAGUCAGGCAUGUUUUGAUGGUUUUUCAAACCGCUUCAAUCCGGAGAUAAAAAUGAUGUCCAAAACGCAUGGAGGAACCUUGUGAGAGCGACAACUCCAGUCCUAAAUGGCAGAACUUGAAGUUUGCAGAAAUAUCAGUUUGGAAAAGGUGGAGCGAUGCAUGAGUGUGAUGCAGUCCGGGACACAGAUGGUAAAGCUGAAGGCAGGAUCCAAAGGGCUGGUGAGACUCUUCUACCUGGAUGAGCAUCGCUCCUGCAUUCGCUGGAAGCCCUCACGCAAGAGUGAGAAGGCCAAGAUCACCAUCGAUUCGCUGUACAAAGUGACGGAGGGCGGUCAGUCGGACAUCUUCCAUCGGCAUGCGGACGGAAGCCUCGACCCGGCCUGCUGUUUCACAGUGUACCACGGAAACCACAUGGAGUCCCUCGACCUGGUGACGUCAAACGCAGAGGAAGCCAGAACCUGGAUAACUGGCCUGCGCUACCUGAUGGCCGGGAUCAGUGAUGAGGACUCUCUGGCCAAACGGCAGCGAACACACGACCAGUGGCUGAAGCAGACAUUUGAGGAGGCAGACAAGAACGGAGACGGACUCUUAAACAUCGAAGAGAUCUACCAACUUCUCCACAAGCUGAACGUCAACCUGCCACGCAGGAAGGUCAAACAAAUGUUUCAGGAAGCAGAUACAGACGACCACCAGGGCACCUUGACAUACGAGGAGUUCUCCGUCUUCUACAGGAUGAUGUCUCUGAGACGAGACCUGUUCCUGCUGAUGAUGGCGUACAGUGACAGGAAGGACCACCUGACAGCGGAGGAGCUGGCCAACUUCCUGCGCAACGAGCAGAAGAUGACCAAUGUGACUCCAGAGUAUGUUGCAGAAAUCAUUGACAAGUUUGAGGUGUCCGACGAGAAUAAGCAAAGAGGUGUCAUGGGGAUUGAGGGUUUUACAAGACUUAUGCGCAGUCCAACUUGUGACAUUUUCAACCCUCUGCACAACGAGGUGAAUCAAGACAUGGACCAGCCUCUCUGUAACUACUUCAUCGCCUCCUCUCAUAACACAUACCUGACUGGAGACCAGCUCCUCUCCCACUCCAAGACCGACAUGUACGCCUGGGUGUUGCAGUCCGGCUGCCGCUGCGUAGAAGUGGACUGUUGGGACGGGCCUGAUGGAGAGCCGAUGGUCCAACAUGGCUACACUCUGACCUCCAAGAUACCGUUCAAGUUUGUCAUAGAGACCAUCAAUAAAUAUGCCUUCAUAAAUAACCAGUACCCAGUAAUUCUGUCCAUAGAGAACCACUGCAGCAUCCAGCAGCAGAAGAAGAUUGCUCAGUACCUGCGAGAAAUCUUUGGAGACAAACUGGAUGUCGGUGACAUCCUGAGCAGAGACUCCAAAACACUACCCAGUCCUCAUAGCCUGAGGGGAAAGAUACUCAUCAAAGGGAAGCGUCUGCCUGCCUAUCUGUCUGCAGAUGCCGAGGAAGGCGAGGUGUCUGAUGAUGACAGCGCUGAUGAAAUUGAGGAUGACUUCAAGCUUAAGAGCAGCAAUGGCAAUGGUCAUCACCAGGUGGAGUCUCACAUCAGAAAGAAACUGGACUCUCUGCUGAAGGAGUCUCAGAUCGGAGACAAGGAAGACACAGACAGUUUCAGCAUCCGAGCUCUGCUUCGGGCUACGCAUCAGGGCCUUCAGAAGAACCUGCGGCAGAGCUCCAGAGGGGUUUUGAAGAAAUCUCAGAGCAGAUCCUUCAUCACAACGCUCAAACAGAAGAGGCACUCCAAAUCCAGGCUGUCAUGCCAAAGUGUGGACAAGGAGGAGGACAGUCAGGAGAGGUCUGGGAGGGAGGCCGGAGGACAGCUCAACAGGGGUGGAAGGAAGAGGAAGACGAUGAAACUGAGUAGAGAUCUGUCAAACCUGGUUGUGUUCACCAACUCUGUUGCCUCACAGGAGUGUCUGAAUGAAGGUACUCUGGCUGAUGUUCUGUCAUUCAGCGAGACCAGAGCCCAGUCACUGGUAAAUCACAGAGCUGAACAGUUCCUGGCUUUUAACCAGAGGCAGCUGUCACGGAUUUAUCCCUCAGCCUAUCGCAUCGACUCUUCUAAUUUCAACCCCCAGUUUUACUGGAACGUGGGCUGUCAGCUGGUUGCUCUGAAUUACCAGACAGAAGGCAGGAUGAUGCAGCUCAACAGAGCCAAGUUCAUGGUGAAUGGAGGUACUGGCUAUGUCCUCAAGCCCCCUCCCAUGUGUAAAGGCUCCUUCAACCCGUUCAGUGAUGACCCUCUUCCAGCUUACCCUAAGAAACAACUCAUUCUCAAGAUCAUUAGUGGACAGCAGUUGCCCAAACCACCAGACUCCAUGCUGGGGGACCGUGGAGAGAUUAUUGAUCCAUUCGUUGAAGUGGAGAUCAUCGGUCUGCCAGUUGAUUGCUGCAAGGAACAGACACGAGUUGUUGAUGACAAUGGUUUUAAUCCAGUAUGGGAGGAGACUCUGUCCUUCACACUCCACAUGGCUGAGGUGGUUUUGGUGCGUUUCCUUGUCUGGGACCAUGACCCAAUUGGACGGGACUUCAUUGGUCAACGAACUGUUGCCUUCAGCAGCCUGAUGCCUGGUUACAGACAUGUUUACUUGGAGGGCAUGACUGAGGCUUCCAUCUUUGUUCAUGUGUCAGUGCAUGAUGUCUAUGGGAAGUGGAGCCCUCUAGUCCUGAACCCCAGCUUUACCAUAAUGCACUUUCUAGGAUCUAACAAGGGUCAUCAGCUGCGAGGUAUCCGUGGUUUAUUUAACCGUUCUUCCAAGUCAUCUGUGGAUACAAACUCCGGUGGCCUUCGAAAACGCUCCAUCAGUGACCACCUCCUGCGACGCACAGCCAGUGCCCCAGCAAAGGGACGGAAGAAGACUAAGAUGGCGCUAUCAGAGUCAGUGGCUUCAAUAGCAGACCAAAAGAAUGGCACAGAUACAGGAGUAGGAGGCGAGGGCAUGUCAGGGAAGGAAGGAAGGGUGGAGAAGCGUCUCCAGCCCCGAGCCCCCCUUACCCACAGACCUAUCUCCAUGCCUUUAGACAGGCUUCUACAAGGGCAGCUAUCCCUCUGCUCUCCAGACAAGGAACAGCAUGACAUGGGUGCAGACACGGUCAUUGGAGCAUGCCCCUUCAACAGGCCCAGGUCUUCCUCUUUGGACCCUUUCAUUGAAUCUUCAUUCUCCAUUGAACUGAACAGCUCUUCUCCUUCCAAGGCAUACAUCAAAAGAAAUAAAGAAUUUGAACACUCAGAGGAGGCUUCUUAUCUUGUUAUUGGUGGGGGAGAAGUAAGAAAGGAAGACGAUUAUGCCAAUUAUCAGCCAGAAGACAAUGAAGUCAACAAAUCAAACAUCAACUCCACAGGAAUGGAGAAGAACUGUUUGGUCUCACCAUCCACGAACUGCCAGAUGAGAUCAGAUAAACCAGAGACGUCAUCAAACAGCACGACAUUCACAGUCCCACCAUCUGUCUCCUCCUCCUCCUCUUCCUCUGCCCCAUCGUCUGUGGCCCCUCUUUCUCCUGUCAGAAUGAGCUGUGACCUGGGGAGUCCCAGCUCUUUGCACGACAGCGCUAUCUCCAGACUUAUUGAUGCCGUGUCCUUAGGCAACGAGCAAGACACAUGUGGCUCGGUUUCUGCUCUAAUUGGUCAAUUUGAAUGUACUGUUGACCACGGCGAUCUCACAACCUUAUCUCAUGAUCGUACCCCUUUUCAUCACUCAGACUUUAAGCCUACCACUCCUAAAGUGCUUGAAGAUUUAAGCUCUCCUCUCAAGACCAAUGUUUCAUCCACUGAUACAAAACACCUAAUAAGUCCCCAAAAAGUAGCUCAUAAAAUAAAUUACGAGAAGAGAGAUGCAACUCCUCCUACUGUCUUCUCCAGCCCAGAAACUGCUGAGCUUGAGGAGGUCUACACCAUUCUUGAUGAGGAGGUGCUGUUGCCUGUAUCAGUGUACAGCCUGAAGAAACAGACAGUCCAUGUUCAGGCAGAAACAAUGGAGAGCACACCCUCUAAAACCUUGGGAUUCUCUCCAGCAAAGGCAGUUCAGGGUUCAGGGCUCAAUCUGGGCUGGGAUAACAUGCACAAGAACAGAGGCAAGAGUGAAGAACCUGAGGAAACUGAAGAAAGAGUAUAUGAGGAAGUGUAUGAUCCCCCAGCACUAGUAAAAGAGAGAGAAUGGGGUAAUUCUAAAAGGUACACUUGCCCUUCUGUAAACAGUGACUGUUUUCAGUUUCCCCAUAACUCACCGAGCAAUACUUUUGCUGAAGUGGAGAUAAAUGUCGAUGAAGAUCCACUGGAGAUGAUGUUGACCUCGCCAAGACAUGGCAACCAAUGGGAGGAGCUCCUAAGUCCAAGCAAACGGCAUGCUAUUUACCAAAACCAUGAGUCCAUUCCCAUCUGCUCUCAAGAUAAACAGCCUUCCUCGUACCAUGAUCCUCAGCAACAGUACCUGUCACAUGCACCUCAUGUAACAUUCUCACAGUCUUCCUCCCCAAUAAAUCGUCAGCUGUCCAAUCACCACCAACAGCAGAACAACUCCCAGUCUUCUCCAUUUCACAGACUCGCCAACCAUAGUCCAUUCCGUCAGAACAGCUACCCCAUUUCUCACAGCAGUUGUGAGCCUUUUAACAAUGAUAGAGGUUUCAGUGGUUCCUACACACAACAGAGAAGCUAUAGUGGCUACCAGAACCCAAAUAGAUCACAUCAAGAUAGGUUAGGAUAUAAACAGAUAGAGACAGAGCAAAUAAGGUGCAUCCAUAAUGGUUUCUCCUCUUCUGAAAAUCUCCCUGGCCAAUCUGCUAUGUCUGUAAAUAUCUGCAGAGACAGAGGACUAUAUUCCCCCUCUUCAGACUGUGAUGCAGUAUACAGCCACCUGGAAUAUGACAACAUUACUCCCCAAUCAGACCCUUUAGCUUCUCAAAACACCCAGCCACACUGCCAAAGUCAAACACAAUCAUACACUCCAAAGAAUUCCCACAAUCAAAAGGUUUCCAUCAAUAAUACAAAGCUCCAGUCACAGCCUGAAUCCAGAGUUUCACUGAACUCAGAUUUAGGCCCUUUGUCAACAAAAAUCCUGUCUGAUAUCUCAGGCUCUACAGCUCACAGCCCAUGUAAGUCUAAGUCCCUGGGAGACCUGACCUCUGAAGACAUAUCUUGCAACUUCCAGAGCAAAUACCGCAUUAUCAGUCGCAGUUUUAUCACUCCCCAUAUGAGGAAGCAAAAGAGGAUCGGCACCAUGGGGGAGGUAACUUUACAAUCACAGUCUUGUGAUCCACUUACAGAACAGCUUCGUAAACUGGUCAGUCUGGAGGGUGAUGACAAUGACAGAGAUAGAACCCAACACCCUCAGUUGCAUCAGGAAGCAAAAUCCACACUGUCGCAGCCACAAGCAACAAAUAUAGCUCCUGUUGUUUCCAGGGAUGUAGAAGAAUCCCCUCCACUCCUUACUCGUCGCCUGUCCUCUCGGAGCCAAAGUCGAGUACGUCACAUCAACAGUCGGGCCCGAGAAAGACAGCAAGAGGCUUUAAAGCCUCGAGCAGGUGUGGUGAUCAAUGGUACUACCAGCAUUGGUGGGGUAGUACUGAGGAAUAAACCAGCCUCACAGAAUCCUUCAGCUAACAGACACUCUACUGGUUCUUACAUAGCGGGCUAUCUUGGUCAGCUGGAGGACAGGGGACUUCCUGAAGGAGCUUGUACAUCAUUACGUUAUGGAAAUGGGGAUCAUUAUGGAGAUCGGUACUAUACAGAUGAAUCUCUUGCACCUGCUGACUCCAACCACUCUGCAUCAGAGCCUGAGGUUUACUUUCUGCUCAGACUGUAGCUCUGACCAUAACCUAAAAAGAGACUAACGAACAAAUGGUGAUUCAUGUUGAUGUUCAGUCACACAAAAAGCCAGAAGAUCAAGAAAAGUGCUUGCCAUUGUUUGUUCCUUUGUUCACAGACCAGUACAUUUCCUUUAUAACAGUUAAAUGCAUUGCAUCCUGGGCUAUUUCUAGAGAGACAUAUAGUCUGUACAAUGUAAGUGAAACAUAUAAUCCAUGGUUGGAUCUGACAGCAUGAAUUUCCUGUAUGAAAUGUCCACUAUUCUAUGGUGAAUGGUCUCUCUAGUCUGGCAGUAUAUUGUCUAUAUUCUGCUUAAUGUGUAAAUGUUUGUGGGAACUUUGAUUCCCUUCAAAUGGCAUCCCAGAGUGAUUGUACAGAUACUUGAUAUCUUUGUCCCUGUGAUGUACUGUCCAAACUUUGUACAUUGACUAUGAAGAAAAAAAAGAAUUGGGUUUUAAGCAAAGAGGGAAUGUCUUUCUUUGUAUCAUUUGAAUGUGCUGACUCUUAAUAGAUUGGAUUCAUGUUUUCAAAGAUCAAAUGUAAGUCUUCCUAAUCUUUUCAGUGGUGUUUCCUUUUUUGUGUUGUGUGUAAAUAUUCCUGUCAUUGCUUUUAAUCUGAGAUGGGUUUUAUUUGAGAACCGGUUCUAAAAGUACAUUUAUGUUUGUGCAUGUUACAUGUGAACAUGUGUCAGGCAUGACUAUGCACCAGUUUAUACAAUGGAUGUUGCAUUGCCCAACAACAAGUGCACCAAACAAAUAAUUGCAUUGGACACAACAGAGGACAUAAGCUUGUUUUUUUAUUAGGAGCAAUACAGUACAUAGACUUCCAUGGUUGGGCUUGUUUCUCGCUAUGAUUUAUAGAAUUUGAAACACAAUUACAAAUUUUAAAGCUUUGGAGUUUAAAGGUUUUUUAUUUUUAUAAUUGCUUUGAUACAGACUGCAAAAAUAAUCUGCCGAUGGUUAUGGUUCUUUUAUUCUGUAUAACUUAAUGGGUUGAAAAACAGAGUGUCAACUACUCAGAGCCAAGCUUAGAAAGGGAGGGUGGCAGAGGAGCAUUUUCUUUUUUUUUAUUAUUAUUAUUGUUUCAGUGUUACACCAGGGCUGUGAGCAUUUUCCUAUCAAUGCAAUAAAAAUAUUGAAACAUUUGAUUUCAACAAAUUCCAAGUGUAUUUUCUGUUGCAUUCAAAAUGAUGUGGUAGCAGAGAAUCAAGACUGCAGCUCAAGCUAAAAACUAAUUUAUUGUUAGUCAUAAAUAGGCUCAUCUUUCCCCAUAUGCCACCUUGACAUAAUGGGAUGUAAUUGCUCAUGAAAUUGCUGCGUAAUAGAGCUGCCAGAUGGCACACCUGU